AUGUUAUUUCACCUGCUAUGUUUGAAUCUCAUAAACAUCGUAUCUUCUCGAGAGUACUAUGGCUGGAAGCAUGACUCUAUACAUGCACCAAAGACUACUACAACUACACCCUCUCCAGUUCACAAUACUUACGAACUAAUCGACGAGGCCUGUUCUACUGAUUGGAAUCAUCGUAAAAGUGUCUUGUCUGACAUUCUGAGAGGGUACGAUAAGACUGUCGUUCCAUCCAACCAAAGUGUUACUGUCAACGUGGAACUUACUGUACAGGUAACUUUUUGGUAUUAUUAUUUUUUGUAGGCUGAGAAUAUUGUGAUUGUAAUUUAAUAUUAAUUAUUUAGUUUUGUUGAUACGUCUAUUUAAUGAUGAUAUUUUAUUUAUUUUAAAUACGAUAGUUUUUAAAAUAAAUGGUAAUUAUUGUUUCAGGACAUAUCGUCGAUAUCAGAGAUAACGAGCUCGUUUAUCGCUGAUGUUUGGUUCAGCCAGAUCUGGAACGAUCCUCGACUGAACUACCAACAAUAUAGCUGCAAGUCCAACUUGUCAUUGGACAGUUCUGUAGCUGAUAGACUUUGGACUCCUAAUGUAAGAAAGGCUUCUUAUCAUUUUAAAGUUAUUUUUAGUUUAACAUAUGUUUUAACCUUAAUAUUUUUAAAUAUGAAGUUUUAAUUUACUAUUGUUACGCUAGUAGAAAUUAUUUUUACAUCUAACUUGUUAGCUAGCGACCCAUAUUAUGAAGGCAUCAACAUAUUUUAGGUAUGUGUUGUGAACAGCAAGCACACCGAAGUUCACCGUUCUCCAACGAACAACGUUCUGUUAAUUGUCUUUCCAAAUGGUACUAUCUGGCUGAACUAUCGAGUACGUGUGAGCGGGCCGUGCACUUUCACUCUCAGCAAAUUCCCGUUGGACGAACAAGUAUGUUUGUGUUUGAAAUAUAUAUAUAUGUGUAACACAUAUGUGUCAAUAUAUGGGGUUUACUUUGCAACAAAGCAGACACUAACUUGCAAAUAACAUUGCUUUUAGGUAUACCUUAUGCAUUCUUAAACAUGAUUUUUUAUGAUUUUGUUAGUUUUGUAUCGAUAAUGAUGUUGUUUAGGAGUGUGUGUUAGUAUUCGAGAGUUACUCUUACAACGUAGCUGAAGUCAGGUUGAGGUGGCAGGAAUGGAAUCCAGUCACGAUAGCUGACGAAGAAACCUUGAAGCUGCCAGACUUUUUGUUUACCAAUGUCAGUUACGAACAUCACCUCAAUGAUUACACGGCUGGCAGCUGGGAUCAGCUCAAAGUUAUCUUUAGGUAACAAUAGUUAAUCCGUUUUUUUAAUUUAAGAAUGGGAAGGGGGUAAAAAAAUUUUCAAAAAGUUGUAAAUUUAGUUGCAUUGCAGCUCCAAAAAAUGUUUUUUUUUUCGAAAAAUAUUUUGCAACGUGAAACAUGGUUUGUAAGUUAUUUUCUUUCCAGCUUCAAGCGUCUCUACGGCUACUACGUCCUUCAGAUGUAUCUUCCCACGUAAGCCACUUAAGACGUUGUUCGUAAUUUUUGUACUUUCUUAGUUAAUAUUAUUGUCAACAAGUCUCGAAAUUUAUUAUUUAUACGUUUUUUAUGCUGUUCUUUACGUGAUUUUUUAAUUUGCAUAACUCUAGUAGAAUCAAAGACAAAGUUGUUGAAACACUUGACCCAUUUGCAAGUACAGGAUGACUCACUUUUGGUUCGUGCUUUAUUGGGACAAAAACUUUUUUAAAACAAAUUUGUGUUUUUUUAGAAUUAACUAGGGAAUUGCACCAAAUAUCCUUCGGCCUUUUGAACAAGACCUAUAUAGGAUGAAAGAGCAUAAAAAGUUAUCGGGAGAACUGUUUUCAAAAACUGCUAAAUGGACUUGGCUAGCAAGUUACAGUUUUCUUUAUAUCCUUAUAUGUUUAAAGGGUAUAGCUUUAAAGUUCAAAAAAUGAUAUUUUUUGAUAAUUAUUUUUUUCUAAAAGUGUCUAAAAGCAAAAAAUACAACUUAAAAAAUAUUUUUUCAAUCAAAAUAUUGUUUGGCUAGCCAGAAAUUCCUGUAUGGCUGGGCGCCAAAAUGAAACCGGCGGGAUUCGAACUUCCCCCCUUUUGCACCCCAGAUUAACUUAUUAACUACACGACCACAUUGCAUUGAAGUUUCAAUCCAUUCGUUUUGCUCAAGACGAAUGAGAAGGAUCAAAUAGAAAAACCUAUGUAAAUCCUUUAAUCGCUAAUAUCUCGCUAGCCGAAUCUGUUUAGCAGUUUUUGAAAACAGUUUUCCCGGUAACUUUUUAUGCUCUUUCAUCCUAUAUAGGUCCCGUUCAAAAAGCCGAGGGAUAUUUGGUGCAACUAGUAAGUGUGUUUCUGAACAAUGUUUAGUUUUACGACUUUUUUUAAUGUUUGUUCGUGGUUUUGAGAGAAUUUAUAUAAAUGUUCACAAAUGUAAUUCUACUCCUACAAAUAAUUUAGGUACCUAUCAGUUUUCAUAUCAUGGAUUGCCUUCUGGAUCGACUCGAGCAGGUCUGGUUCGAUGCCGGCUAGAAUCACGUUGGGGGUGAGUAGUCUGAUGGCACUCAGUUUUCAGAUGGGAAAUGUGGUCAAGAAUCUGCCGAGAGUGUCUUUUGUCAAGGUUAGUUUUGUAUUAUUCUUUUGGUACUGUUUGGCAUAGAAUUUAUAAAAAAUAGUACUAUUUGGGAUAGAGUUUUGUGUAUUAACUUUAGAAUAAGAGUAUGUAGUGUUGUUCGUCAUGCUAUGCCACUAUAACUACUGCCGUUCACUAUAAGUUGUUAUAAACCGCUUUGACGCCGUGCAAAGACCGUGUAACCCGCUUAUAUUAUUUUAGGCUAUCGAUUUGUGGUUCUUCAUGUGCAUUUUGUUCAUCUUCCUGUCGCUGGUCGAAUUAGCUGUCGUCGAAUUCGUCGAUAAACUGGCUAAGAAUCAGUUGAAGAAAUACGACAAGUGGAUGAAACAAAACAAUGUUUCCAAGGUUUCAAAGUAAGUUGAAACAAUGCAUAAAUAACAAAGGCAUGAUAUACAGCAAAUAGUCAUCAACUCACACAUUUGUGAGACGUGGGAACCUGAUUCUUGUUUUAAAAUAACAUUUACGUCAAGGAUUACACUUCAGGUACAAGUAGUGACCAACCGAAGAGUUUCUUUGGCGAUUUCUCAACUUUAGUGUAAUGUUGUCUUAAGUUCCUUCUUUUUCAAUAUUUCACAUUUUUUACAAAAACUAAAUCUCUAGAAAGAUUACAACUUUAAAUUAUAGUAAAAAGACAAAAAACUUUAGUAAGUCAAGUUACUGUUAGCUUACGUCUUUGUCAUCUUCAUUAGCAUAGAUGACAAAACUAUAAAUACACUCAGCCUUCUAAAUAGACCUUUCUCAGUAAUGUUUCGCGCUCAAAGAACAACACCUAAUAAGGAUAAAACAAAGAAUCUUGCAGACUGACAAUACCCUCACCUGAGACUCGGAAGCUCAGCAUUCAGACUCACGAAACGACGUUGGGUCGAGACAGCAGCCUUUGGGAUGAACAAAGCCCGUUUCCGCGCAACGGGAAGAAUGCUCGGCCUUCGUUGAUCGUGGAGUCGAGAAGGUAAAUGUCGCCAGUCAUGAGAGAAAUGCAUUUAGAUCGAGUUUCGUUACCUUCGAACCGUUACCCACGCCCAAGAAGAGCUCGUCGUUAAGUGCUCAAGUCGACGCAUUCUCGGCGAAGGCCUUCCCCGGAGCGUUCGCUUUGUUCAACGGUAGGGUGGGGGUUGAUGACGAGAUUCUGUAUUUUAGUGUUUUAUUGGUGGUAUUAUCUGAGUCAGGAGCGGAUCUGA